AGCUGACAACGCUUCAUCGUGCUUUAGGCGCUGAAACGGCAUUCGGCGCGCAACCCAUAGACUCCAAUGUUAAAUUCAGCGCGUAAAUGUGCGCGCCUAACCAGUGGACGGCGGCCUAAAGAUGUCUUCCAGCAAAGCUUUGGGGCUCUUGGGCCAGAUUGUUCUGAGACAAAAGGCUGGCGUGGCCCCUGUGUCCAGCAUAUGGUCAACAAUGUGCAAGCGCCAUCAGAGCAACAAGCCAGCUGAGAAGGUAGUGGAGAAGGCACCCACUCAGUGGGCUAAGUUUGACUGGAGUGAUGCACUGAACCUGGAGAGCCAGCUGACAGAGGAAGAGAUCAUGGUCCGGGACACAUUCAAACAGUACUGCCAGGAGAAGCUGAUGUCCAGAAUCAUCAUGGCCAACAGGAAUGAAGUGUUUGACCGGGACAUCAUGACCGAGAUGGGCGAGCUGGGGGUGCUGGGCCCCACGAUCCACGGCUACGGCUGCCCGGGCGUGUCGUCUGUGGCGUACGGACUCAUUGCCAGGGAGGUGGAACGAGUCGACAGCGCUUACAGGUCGGCGAUGAGCGUCCAGUCUUCCCUGGUUAUGUACCCCAUCUACGACUACGGAACGGAAGAGCAGCGGGAGAGGUUCCUCCCCAGGCUCGCGCGCGGUGAGCUGGUGGGCUGUUUCGGUCUCACGGAGCCCAACCAUGGCUCUGACCCGGCUGGGAUGGAGACCAGGGCCAAAUACAACGCGGCGGACGGCACAUACCUGCUCAACGGAUCGAAAACUUGGAUCACCAACUCCCCGAUCGCCGAUAUUGCCGUCGUAUGGGCCAAAUGCGACGACAAUCGCAUCCGCGGCUUCAUCGUCGAGCGUGGCAUGCCCGGCUUCAACACGCCCAAGAUCGAGGGGAAAUUCUCUCUGCGGGCCUCCACCACCGGCAUGAUCGUGCUGGAUGACGUCGUGGUACCGGAGGCCAACCUGCUGCCCAACGUUCACGGACUAAAGGGUCCGUUCGGAUGUCUGAACAACGCCCGGUACGGUAUCGCGUGGGGCGCGCUGGGCGCCGCCGAGGCGUGUCUGCACACGGCCCGUCAGUACACCCUGGACCGUCAGCAGUUUGGCCGGCCGCUGGCCAACACGCAGCUCAUUCAGAAGAAGAUGGCCGACGCGCUCACAGAGAUCAACGUGGGCCUGAUGGCGUGCCUGCAGGUCGGACGGCUCAAGGACCAGGGAUUGGCUGCUCCCGAGAUGAUAUCGCUCAUCAAGCGCAACUCGUGCGGAAAGGCGCUGGACAUUGCCCGACAGUGCCGCGACAUGCUGGGCGGCAACGGCAUCAGCGACGAGUACCACAUCAUCAGACACUGCAUGAACCUCGAGGCCGUCAACACCUACGAAGGCACGCACGACAUCCACGCGCUGAUCUUGGGCCGCGCCAUCACUGGACUGCAGGCCUUCACUGGCUGAGACCAUGACGAGGCCGCCCGGACUGAUGGAGCUCCGCCGGCUGGGCGGAGUCAGAGUCUUCCAUCGCAGGCGGUUAGACGGCUGGUCUGUGGCAGUGCCGCCGAGGACUGAAUGUGAUUGACGCGCGCGAGCGCAGCCACGCGCGACAGGUGCUAUAUUGGGUCACGCGCGGGAAGCCACCGUGCUGGAACCUUGGGGUAGCUUGGUUUGAAGGCAGGCACACGAACCGAUCGUGACUUAAGUUGCUGAUGACCCGACGUGAUUGCCCUGAAUGUAGGCUUUCUAGUCCGUGUGCGAAAUGUAUUUUACCAUCAUAACUCGGCGUAUUUGUGUAAAC